AUGCACCGACGGCACCCUGACGCCGUCUCCUCGCUCUCUCCGGUCAUCACUCAGCUUCCUCUCCCUCGUCGUAGAUCUUCUCUGCUCUCCUCUAUGUCCUCCCCACACACGCCGCCCAACUCCAACUCUCCUCUGCCGUUGUUCUCCUCCUUGAAUGCAAACAGGAAGAGCACAGAUAGCUGGAAUAGUUCUAAUUGCGAUGGAGCGGACGAGCUUGAGUUCGAAUGGAGCCCGGAGCAGGUUCGAUUGCUGUCCAGGACCUUGGACGCACUUCCCGCACACUUGCUUACCCCCUUCAAUGGUCCAGUCCCCCCCUCCAACCUUCUCGACAAGAUCGCUCGAGGCGUUACCCAAGCCAAAGGUCCAAUCGAUUGGCCGCAGUCGCUGCGCGCGACUCGCGCCAAGAUCGUCGAUCUGGCCCGCAUUCGCGCAAAAGAGGCUGCGAACGAAUCCGGUAGCGACACCAUCGCCGAAGAGGAUGACCCCGACCACGACAUCUUAAAGCAGACCACCAACACUGGUCCCAAGCGGCCCCUAUACAGGCAGUCAAGCAUGGAUUUCAUGCAGCAAUCGUCCAAGCUUGACCUCAAGGACAACCGCAACAUUACUAGACUUUCCCACCGUUUGCAACAUACUGAACGAACGAUUACUACUGAUUAUCGCGCGCACACACGUCCUCCUAGUCGUGCUUCCUCUCCUCCUCUCGGUAGCCCUGUGCGAUGCUCGCAGUUCUCCCGCUUGGAUCGUUCCACGUCGAGUUCUACAACUCUGAACUCCAGCGCUUCCCGUGAAUCUCGCAUCCCCCGCCUGCAGCGAUCUAUGUCUUCCGUCUCCAGUUCCUCAGACGCAUACAUGGCUCCUGCGAUUGAUCCUCGAGUGCAACGCAUCAAGCGCUCGGACUCGUUUGGCGGACAAAUGCUGUAUGGAUCCCUGAAGCGUGCACCGUCAUUCGGCUCGAUUUCCAAACGCAGCUCAGACGCCAUGAGCAUGAGUAUCGGUGGCAGAGAUUCGGAUGCCACUUCGUCAGACGAGGAGGAGAAGCUCCGCAGUUUGAAGGCGAAAAAGCCGCGUGUGCAAGCGAACUCCCCUCCUCCCCCUUUUCGUCCUUUACCAGAAAAGAAGUCGAAGUUGUCUGUAAAGCAGUCACAUCAGACCAUCGACAAAUCCAGGAUCCCGAAAGAGACUCCCCCUCGGCGCUCGUCCAGGCUGAAGGCUAAUCUGCAGCGGAACCCGAGUAUUCUGGGUCCUGAGUUGCCCCUUCCGCUUCCCGUAUCCAGUCCUUCGAUGUUUCGUCCCGUAUCUCGCACUGGUACCCCGAAAUCGCGCAAGCUCAAGUCUACCGACUCGCCGGUCGCGAUUCGUGGUGCUGCGGGCGCCACUCUCCUCCAUCGUACUCCGGUCACCCCACAGACCACGCAGGCGAAGCCCCUUCGCCGUACCCAUGGGUCCCGCUUGCCUCAGCGGCCUCCGGCAAGAAAGAUCUCCUUUAGCAGUGUCCCAACCCCUCCGAGCGAGGAGAACGUCGAUACCGGCGCAGGUCUGGGACUCGGGAGCGCUUUCCAGCUACACUGA